UCAGAAAGUAAAACUCUGCUCUGCGAAGCUACCUCUGGGAACACUUAUGUCUCUAAUUGGAGCUGACUUUCAACAGGUUGUAGGCUUUGGGCAACAGAUUUCUUCAAGGACGAAGGUGGGCCCCACUUCCAGCACCCUUGGCUCAAGACUUUUGUAGAUGAAUCUCACAGAUCUGUGCCCUGGAAAGCCAAGCCUAACCCAGGCACCACCUCUCCCUUUACAAAGAUCAACAGAGAAAAGGCCAUAGAAUAAAACCAUAGGGAGCUAGAGCUCCUGAAGCCAUCUGCAGCUUGCCUACCCUAGGCUCAAGGGGCCAGGCUGACUGAAGGACCGCCCAGAAUGGAGACAACAGUACUAUUAGCCCUCUUCCUGCAAGGGGCCUUAACUCUCUCACUGACGGACAAUUCGGUCCCCACCUUGCGUUUUGUGGCUGUGGGAGACUGGGGAGGGGUCCCUAAUGCCCCGUUCUACACAGCCCGAGAGAUGGCAAAUGCGAAGGAAAUUGGGAGAACUGUGGAAACCCUGGGAGCCAACUUCAUCCUAUCCCUUGGAGAUAACUUUUACUUCAAUGGAGUUCAGGAUGCCGAAGAUAAAAGAUUCCAGGAAACCUUUGAGGAAGUUUUCACAGCCCCCUCCCUUCAAAACAUUCCCUGGUAUGUGCUAGCUGGAAACCAUGACCACCUGGGGAAUGUUUCAGCUCAGAUUGCUUACUCCAAAGUCUCUAAGCGCUGGAAUUUCCCCAGCCCUUAUUACCGCCUCAGAUUCAAAAUCCCCAAAACUAAUGUAAGUGUGGCCAUUUUUAUGUUGGACACCGUGACACUGUGUGGGAAUUCAGAUGACUUCCUGAGCCAACAGCCUGAGAGACCCAAGGAUUUGAAACUGGCACGAAGCCAGCUGUCCUGGCUAAAGAAACAGCUAGCCAAUGCCAAAGAGGACUACCUACUGGUAGCUGGCCACUACCCUGUGUGGUCAAUAGCAGAGCAUGGACCUACCCAUUGCCUUGUCAAGCACGUACAGCCUCUGCUGGUCAAGUACAAAGUCACAGCUUACCUAUGUGGCCACGACCACAACUUGCAGUACCUCAAGGACAAGGAUGGCGUGGGUUAUGUUUUGAGCGGGGCAGGAAACUUCAUGGACCCCUCCAAGAAACACCAACGUAAGGUCCCCGAUGGUUAUCUGCGUUUUCACUAUGGGGCCCGAGACUCCCUAGGUGGCUUCGCCUAUGUGGAGAUCACCUCCAAGGACAUGAGCGUCACUUAUAUUGAGGCCACAGGCAAAUCUCUGUAUAAGACAAGCCUGCCCCGUCGAACUGUGUCCUAAACCCUAUCACCUUCUAUUGCCCAGCACCUCUCAUAUUUGGACUGUCUUGGAGAUAGUGGGAGCUCAUUGCACCCCCCCCUUCUUACUUCUUCCCUCCCACUUCCCUAGAUAAGCUCCUCAGGGAGUCUCUGGGAAUCUAGCACUGGUAGGUUUGUCUUCCUUGGGGCUUGGAAUAUGUAAGAAGCUGACUCAUCAACCCUGCUCCCCCAAAGGCUAUGCUGGCAGGUAGGUGGGAUUUGCCUGUUAGAGAAGUAAAGAGUCCCACUUGAUUAAUCUAGAGUGUGGGCACAGGUUUAUGAAAAACUGAAGGGGCUUUUGGUCCAGGAGACCAAAACUCAACACCAGCUGAUGUGAACAUGCCAGUGUGGAUGAAGAACAAGCAUUUCUAAAGAGUAGCUUUCCACUCCUGCAAUUGUUGUCACUCCCAAUUCUGAUCUUAAGGAGAAACUGGGAUAAAGAAAAGAACUUUCUUUCCAAAGAAAGGUAUUUUCUGUUGCUGCAUUUCAAUAAAACGAUUGUUACAGAGGCUAAA